AAGUGAGUCUGAUAUUAUAUGAUUUUGAUCUGCUGAGUUUAGUCUUCCAGGCAGUUUUCUUCUCCCAGCACGUACAUGCUCCGCUCCUCUUCAGCGACCCUCCGCAUCAUCUCACUUCAUUACAUUUACUUAUCACCUCAACUGUUUGCCUGACACUGUCUGUCGUCAGAUUAGGUUUCACAUAACCUGGAAGUCUGCACCCAGGGUCGACCCCCAUCCCCUGGCUCUGAGGCGGUGAUGCCGCUCGGCUAGCGGAGCUGCUCAGUAGCUAAUUAGUCACCGAAGCUCCGUGGAAACGGUCACAUCAGCGGUGUGUCAGCGAUGUUCGCCGCCGACACACAGCGAUGUUAGCCGCAGACACACGCAACAUGUAGUUGUAGUUGGGGCGUCAUGAGCUGCAGCGCCCGUACACGAGCAGCAAGCAGCCGUGCUAGCCAGCGGUGGCCAACUUGCUAACGCGUAGCAUUUUUCAGCGAUUGCGACCACAUGCUCGCCCAGUCCCCCGGUGUGCACCCUUCAGUCUGCCGCGGUUUGGGAGUAGACAUGACGGACGGUUAGAGUCUCCAUCAGCCCGUCAACAUGAGACCCGCACAGCAGUGAGCUAGCUAGCAGGCUGCUGUUAGCGGCUAACUUAGCCGGUGAUGCUAGCAGCAGAGUCCGUCCACGCCGCCCGCAGCUGAAGUCACGUCCGCCCCAUGGAGCUGAAGCGUUGGCCGGCUUGCCAAAGAUGACGGGCCGCCUGAGCCGGGUUUUUGUGCCUCUGUCUGCAGGAGGCGGAACAUGGAAGCCGAGGGAGAGUGGGACAAAGAUCUGAGUGCGCACAAGCUGCUGGAUAAGAAAGUGCUCCGCAAGCAGAAUGGAGGGAUCGGUAUAGCCAGGACUCUCCACGGUCUGUUUAAAAACCCAAACUCGCUGCAGAUUCAGUCCAUCGCCCGCUCAGAAUGUGCUGGCUCCUGUCCAAAUCUAAUGAUGAGUAGGACCGAGCACGCCGAUGCGAGGCCCGUCCCCGUGGCCCUUACCCCCCAGCUCCCCCCCAGAGCUCACCGGCCCCUCUGCGUGUCGGUCUCCUCCGACAGCAGCGGCCGCUUCAAAGCUCUGGAGACGCAGGAGUGGAAGAACAACCUCAAAGCUCAGAUGGAGCAGGCCCACAGUGCAGGAGCUGCCAGCAGCACAGGCUCUCUGGAGCGAGCCUCCCUGUUCUGCGCCUCAGCUUCCACCACAGCGUCCAGCUCCAGCCUGUCCAGUCCAGUGGAGAUCCUCAACAAGAGCAAAUCCUCCAGCCGCUUCUCUCUCUUCUCUCCGCCCUGGAACAGCAGCUCUGAGUCUGACUCCAACCCGCCGUCCCGUUCUGGUUCCAAGAAAUUGCGCAACUACAGCAGGAGAGCUGCCACGGGGCCGGCAGGAGCCAGGGGCCCCGAUACACCUGAGCCUAAACCCAGCGGCCCUGAACACUUCCAGUACUCUGAACCUGUCAUCUCCAAAGUGACGGACUACAUCUAUGUUGGCAACCUCAAUGCGGCAUACAAUGGACGCACCUUGUGCCGCAACAACAUUGACAGUAUCAUAGAUAUGAGCAGCGUGCCGGGGGAACCGGGCCCCAGCCUCAGCCUCAUACCCUGCACCUGCACUCGCGGUGCCCGACACAGCUGGUCUCGCCUCAAGGUAGACAUUGGAGACGUGCCGGAGGCUCUGGGUGACGGCCCGGCCCUGAAACAGUGCUGCUUCGAGGACAUCAACGAAUGCAUUGACGCCUCCACAGAGAAGAGGAAGCGUGUCCUGGUCCACUGUCGGGACGGGUUCUCCUUGGCACCGACGUGUAUCAUCCAGUACCUGAUGGUGAAGCAGAACAUGAGGCUGAUUGCCGCCUACGAGCUGCUGAGGGCCAAGUACCCGGUCAACAUCAGGGAAUGUCACCAGAAUGUGCUGGUGAGCCUGGAGAGGGCGCUGCGGCCCGGGGGCAACGUCAACCCUGAGUGCUUUAAACAGGCCAUCUCACGCAAAGUGGCGUGGACCUGACUCACUUUCCCAACAUGCUCAGCUGCUGCUUAUGGUAUAAAAUAUUUUCCUAAAAACAAUCAAGGGCAGUUGUACUUUGCCCUGUCGACUGGUCAACUGGAUGUUAUUGUCCUCACCUGAGUUCAGUGGCUGUAAAAUGUAUGAAUUUGAUGUAUUUUCUCCUCAAACCUAUAAAUGUGACCUGUCCGUUGUUCCUCCCCUCUCACAGAACAGGAGACGCAAUAGACUUCACUGUAAUGUAUACAGCUUCGUGGUAUCACAAUGUAAUAGUGUUGGCUGUAUAGUUGAUAUAGUCCUGCUCCAGUUCUGUGCCAUGCCGUCAUGGUGGUGUUUUCUAUCAGGGGAAAUUAUUAAUGGGAGAUCUCAGGAGAUUAUUGAUGUCAUUCCAGUAAAGGGUGGGAAAUUACUCAUCAGAUGAGUCUGUGGCCACGUUCACACCUGGAAAUAAAAUGCGUCUUGGUGAGCUAUAUGUGGCAUAUAUGGUCUGUUAAUACUGUAUGUUCACCACUGUUGGAAAGACCAAUAUCAGUCUAUUAGAUGCAGCCAACAGAUACAGAAUGUUGAGUUGGUGGGUUUUGAUGCACAGAAACACUGCUACAGGUGUGGAAUUGCCCUUCAGGUGUCUGAAAAUCACAACAUUAUGAUUAUUAUAUAAAUCUACACUUUCAAAAUAUGCAACUAAUACACCCCCCCACCACAUGCAAAUGGAGCAUGAGAUAAAGACAAAACUGGGGCCUGUUCAUAAAAACAUUAGUCUAUAGCACCACUGGUGGUCAAAAUCUUUAACUAUUAGAACCAAUAAGGUAUCCGUAAACCUCGAGACUUCCUUUGUGGCUCCAUAGCUGCUGAGCCUGAACUGUGCUUUAAAAGCAGUUAAACUCCACACACUGAUUUAAAUCAAAUUCCAAUGUGAAACUGAAACACAAGUGGCCACUCAAGAUGCAUUUUUAGAAAUUACAGGUGUGAGCUUAGAUCAGUUUUAUAUAGAUUUUUACACAAAGAUCUGAGCCAGAAAUAAGUACCAGGCAAUCAUUUGUUUGGAGGCUUGUUUUUCUUCCUAAAAUAUGUUUAGCUGGUGAAAUAGUUGUUUGAAGCCACUGUCGGUGGGUUAAAAAUAGUUUGUUUCUGACCCUGUUGAAACAAAGCUGCCACUCAGAAGAACAGAGGACAUACGUGUGAUUUGUCACCAUUGGAUCCAUCACCACUGACUGGAUUACAUUGAUUUAUCGGCUUCUAUCGCAAGAGGGAACUUUGCACACGGACACGUGAUUUAAAUGUAAAGCUUCUGUUGUUUGUGACCUUUUCAUGCAGUUUCUUUUUUGUUUUUCCGAGGUCAUACUUGAUGGAAGAUGAACGGUUCGACCUCUCCUCCGUGAGGAAGACUGUAGCCCCAUUUUUAGCCACAGUUUGUUUGAUUUAUCUCUCUGGUGGUGCUCAAACUGUGGCUUUGUUGAUUUGAACUUGAGUGUAUGCAGUGAGGCUGGGUGUCGUGCAUCUCUGUGGAUUUUCAGUAUUAGUGUUUGAGUGCCGCUGAACUGCGAUUCAGGGUUUACACUGCAAGAGAAGAUUUUUGCACUACUCACAGGGUUGUUUAAUGCAAGUAUUGAUUUUUUUAUUUAAAUAUUGUUUAAAUAUUUUUUGAGUUUGACAGUUGGCAUGUUUACACACCUAUUAGACUAACCAGAUUAAAGGGAUGGUUCCCUGAAAAAUGGAAAUUCAAUCAUUAUCUACUCACCACUAUGCCGAUGGAGGAGGGGAUGAAGUGUUUGAGUCCACCAAACAUUUCUGGAGUCUCAGAAUUAACCUUUUGUUGCAGCAGAAUCCAACACAAAUGAAGUGAAUUGUGACCUCUUCUUCAGACGUAAUAAAUCAACAGGAAAAACACAACAUACUGCAUAUGUGGUGUCAUCCAAUUGUCCGCAAGCCCGAAAUUCGUAUUUGUCUCAAACAAGGUUAUUUACACCGUGUUUUAUGCCUAAAAGUCAUCUGGAAGUGGCUACGCUAGUGGAUGUAGCCACUUGAUGGUGUGCCAGAAGGUCCAUGAAUGCACCUCGUCAGAAGAUAUCAGAGGACAUUUAGGCUAAAACAUGGUGUAAAUAACCUUGUUUCAAGACAAAUAUGAAUGUCAGGCCUUACGGACACUUGGAUGACACCACACGAGCAGUAUAAAGGCAUGUUAUGUCUUUUCUGUUAUUAUAUUACGUCUGAAGCUUUGGUCACUAAUUUCUUCAAUUGUAUUUGAUUCUGCUGCAACGCUGUUUACCCCUGAAACUCCAGAAGUGUUUUGUGGACUCAAACACUUCACCCACCUUUCAUCGGCAUAGUGGUGAGUGGAUAAUUAGUGAAUUAAAAAUGUUCUGUGAACUAUCCCUUUAAGAUUAUGGUUCAAUUAAAGUGGCUACAUGGUUCACAUCAUAUGAGUUGCCCGAUAGCUUGAGUUGACAUUUGUUUAUUGUGUUGGGCUGCUACAAAAACAACAUGAACUUUUAUUCAGUAUCUUAUGUUUGUUUUCUACCACUGCUCUUUGAUCAAAUAACCCAAACACAACAAAAAAAUGAUGUUAAUAUGAUAAAAAGCAGGUUAUGAUAAUCAGUUUAUUUUCUGAUCAUAAUGAUUUGACCACGGUCUAACAAGGCUGCAAAUAAUAUUAAAAUUAUAUAAUUUGACCUGUUAUCUUUCAAUUGAUAUAUCAUUAAAGUCUGUCAAAUAUCAGAUGAAGGUAAAAACUCAUGUUCUUUACAGUUUUAGUUGAUGUCUUCACAAGGUCCUGUUUUGCCAAACUCCCAAAUAUUCAACUUGCAGUGACACAAAACAAAAAAGGAGCAUAUCUUCACGUCGGAGAAUGAUUUUUGUUUCUGCUUUUGAUAAAUUACUUAAAACAUCACACAAUUGUUGAAACUGUAGCUGAUUAAUCCUCUAUAUAUGAGCUACUUGAUUAAUCAUCUAGUUUCAGCACUUGUGCCAACACUGGAUAUAUGACUCCAGACACAGCUGAGUCAGUACUCAGAAAAGUGAGGUUUGAUAUCUGACCUCUUUUGGCCCCAUAGGACCUGAUUUUAACAUCCGUCCUGAGAGAUCUGAUCACAAUUGGUCAGCUCUCAGUACAUCUGUCCACACCUGGCAGUAAAAAUGUCUCUCCAGCGACCACGUGUGAUCAGAUCACACUUCCAAGCUCUAUAUGCAAAUUAACACAUAAUGUCUGUUCAUAAAGCCCAAAUAGAAAGUAGGAAGUUUGAGCUUGUGUGCGUGCGUGCGUGCGUGCGUGUGUGUGUGUGUCUUGGUUUGAGAUGGAUAGAGCAGAGUGAAUCUGCGCACAGCUGUUCAAUGAAAUAAGAUUUAUCCAUUUUAGAAAACGUGGAGGCCAAUAUUAAUAUUGUGGCAGUAUCUACUAAACUGACUAGAGUAUAAAUACUUAUGGGUCAGAGGACGUCAGCUGAAUAGGUGAUCCUUCAAUGUGGCUCAGGACGCAUUCACGUUCUUGAUCGAUCAGGUCUCAAAUGUACGGUGGCUGAGAGAGCUCAAUGCAAAACAAAUUAAGAAAACACAUGCAAAUCGAAAAAACAACUUCAUCAAUUUGAUGACACAAUAUCUGCAAAAAGUCAAAACACAGGCAAAUACAGAAACGCGCUGCAAAUUGCGAAAACGACAAUGUUUCCAGGGGACCCAAAAAAGUGAUGAACCUGUCUGUAGUUCAAUGUUUUGUGAAGUUCGAUCACCACUGACGAGAAGCCGACUUCAAUAACGUCACAAAGAUUUGAACCCGUCGUUAAAUUGAUGUCUUCUUGUGUUGUGACGUUUUGCAGCGCUUGUGUUGUGUUUUCUUGAUUUGCAGUACGCCAACGUACAAAUGUGUCACCACUGCAUCACUUCUCGGAUCACUCAGGAUGGAUGUUAGUACCGGGUCUGUUAACUGAUACUCUGAUGUUCUUCCACAUCAGCCAACCUGCUGUUUUUGUUUAAAUGGGACCAUCACGUCAAUUGAUGCCUUCCUAUUAUCAGUAUGUAUCCACUUCCCCAAUGAUUACAGAUUGUCUCCUAUGUCAACUAGAUGAUUCUGGUAUUAUUAUUAUUAUUAUUAUUAGCACAAGUAGAUCAAGGUGUGACAUUUUUCACAGUCCAAGGUGAACAUACAGUAAUGACAUCAUUUAAAUGGUACAUUUUUCCAAUUGUGGAGUGAUGUUUUAAGCCUGCUUGUCAGGUAAGCUCCAUUAGGGUUUGUGCUCUAACAAUAUCUGCACGGUUUUGCAUCCCAUCUGCUUUUCACCACUGCAUGCUAGUGUAUUUUGUGUCAUUAAUUACAGCAGAAAUAAUUUAUCCUCUUUCUGUUCAGUUUUUCAUAUGAUCUCUUGCCAUUCUGUCAUGUGAAGGUGCAAUUUAAGAGAGGGUUUAGGGAAGCUUGGUUUGCUGCUGUGGAUGCUAAUAUGACCCUACUAUGCAGAUACAUGUAUUUGCAUAGUUUUAUUCAUUGCUACCAGUUGCAAAAAGUAAUUUAAAAAAAGAAAGGUUCAUGCACAUGUUUUUUUUGCAGUUCACACAGGUUGGGUUCAGUUCAUUUGCUAUGUUUGGUUGUAGUUUGCAAAUGGUUCAAUCUAAAUUUUAACUGAAAUACGCUGAGUACAGCAAUUCAACCAAGCAGCUGAAAGUUGAGCAGGUUCAGUUCAGUGGUUACAAAACAUAUAACUCCGAAAUUUGAAGCUCCAUCAUCAAAAUUUAAGGUAUUGUUAACAAAAGCAUAAACUUGUUUUGGGUUUAAAAGGUUGAGGCUUACAAAUAGUUGGUCCAGCUCUAAAUUCGUUAGCUGGUAGUGUGCUCCGGGUGAAGUGAUGGAUGAUAUUAGCGAUUGGUUCAGUUUUGUGGUCCGUUAGCAUCCCGUUCAAUCAGUGAAGAAACUUCUUGUAUGCAACAUGUCAUGGUCUGAAUUUUGACUCUGAUCAUCAAAGCUGAAGGUAUAAAGCAGAAAGAUAUUAACCCACAGUUUUUCUCUGAGCUCAAUAGAAACUGUGACACAUUCUUCAUGCAAAACAUGCUCUGAAAUGUGAAGCCUAGAUGACACAGAGACAUUAGCCCACUGCUGGAUAUUUGUCAUCAGUUUUCAUUUUAUUUCAUCAGCCAGUAAAGAUAAAUCAAGCUAAGAGUGUCCAGCAUAUUUAUAAUUGGGGAACAAACACUCCUACCAAACCUUUCUGAAAAUUAAAGUUAUGCAAAUAGUAAAAUGAAGGCUAAAAUGUUGCCAUUGUCUUUUCCUUUUUUGUUUUUCAUUUAAUUUCGAUGUACUUACUUGGGCAGCCUCAGUGAGAAUAAGUUGUACAGGACAGUUGUAUGCAGCACAGUCCAGUCUUGAUGUGAGCCGUGUGGUAGGAGUGGAAACUAAAAGUAUGGUGCCUUGAUUUGAAGUUGUCUCGUGACCGUACGGUGACAUUUGCACACUUUGUAUGACUUUAUCUUCUCUUAAUAUGUUGUACAAUGUUGAAUAUUUUUUGAUGUUUUAUUUUGGCCCAAAAAAGAAAAGUAUAAACAUGAUAUUUGUGUAAAAAGGUCCUUGCUGUAAUAUAUUUGCUAUCCAUUCGUGUACAGUACUGGUGUUUUACUAAUGCAGGACGUGAGACAGGAGACGGUAUACUUCUCGAUGUUAUUAAUGCCCACUGUAGUAGACUGAGUGUCGGCAUAUUUCAAGUCACAGUCAUCAAAUCAAACUGAAUAGGUUUUCUAACUCAUUCUCUCAGGUGAUUUCUCAGUGGCCCAGAAUGUUCUCAAUGAGUAUGAUGUUCAGAAAUGUGAAACGAUGUAUUUCUCAUGUCAUGUUUCUUAAGUCACAUAUAAUUUGUACUGUUGAAAUAUUAAAGAAAGAUAUGUACUCGA